AGCUCGCUAGCUGUGAAGGGCUGAGCAAAGAGUUUUUUUGGUGGAAUAACUGACCUAGGUUGCUGUGAAAUUGCACAAGGAAGACAACGAAGAUGAUCAUCCCUGUUCGUUGCUUUACAUGUGGAAAGGUGAUUGGCAGUAAGUGGGAUACAUAUCUCGAUCUUCUUCAGGCAGAUUACUCCGAGGGCGAUGCUUUAGAUGCUCUUGGAUUGGUCCGUUACUGCUGCAGAAGAAUGCUUAUGACUCACGUUGAUCUCAUUGAGAAGCUUCUCAAUUACAACUCACUUGAGAAGACUGAGCCAAACAUUUUAUUUCCUUGGAUGAUAUGACUGCUAAGGUCAAAAUAUCUAUAUUGUGUUAAAAACAUUGUGUUUGCUGUGUUUUAGCUUGGAGUAAUUUGAUGUUUGAUUUGACUUGGACUAAAUGUUGUAGACUU